AUGGCGAAGGGCACCGAUUCCGACGAGUUCGUGUUACUUUCAAGGGUCCGUACGGGUCUGAAGAGGGAGUUUGCGUUCGCAAUGAAGGCUCAAUCUGAGAUCUGCGGCGGUUCUCUUGGUCGAACGCGGGCCAGCAAGAACCGGCCCGAGGCUCCUGUUCAGACGGCUUCUACCCGUAAACGGUACAGGAAGACCGCGGAGCCGAAAGCGUCGGAGGACGUCAUGAGCGAGGAAGAGGCUAAGAGCGACGUGGUGGAUCUUCAGAGCGACGAUGAACCAAAGAAUAAUCACGCGGGAGAAUCAGAAUCUGCGACAAUGUUGGAUUGUGAAGAGGAACCGAAGAGUGAUGUGGCGAUGGAAACUGUCAUCAGCGAAGAGGAACCGAAGGUGUUGGAAACAAUUAUCAGCGAAGAGGAGCCGAAGGUGUUGGAAACAAUUAUCAGCGAAGAGGAGCCGAAGGUGUUGGAAACUAUUAUCAGCGAAGAGGAGCCGAAGGUGUUGGAAACUAUUAUCAGUGAGGAGGAACCGAAGGUGUUGGAAACUGUUAUGGGCGAAGAGGAGCCAAAGGUGUUGGAUAGUAUUGUCAACGAGGAGGAACCUGUUGUGGCGGAGACGUUGAAGGAAGAGGUUGUGAAUGAGAUGGUACAUCCUGUUAGCGAAAUUAACGAGGAAUCAGCAGAGAAGGAUAUUUCGGGAGAGAAGGAUCCUUGUGGGGAAACCCUUGUUUUGGAGAAUGAUGGUGACAAGGGGAAGAAAAAGAAGAAGAGAAUGAAAAAGCGAUUGGAGGGGCCUCAGACUGUAAGAAGGUUUACGCGGUCGGCAUUGAAGGUAAAUUCCGAGGAAACAAACGAUAGAAAAUAUGUUGGUGUGGUUGGACAUAAUGAUGGUAUUAAAAGGGAAACAGAAACCGAAGCUUCGGUGUUAAUGACUACUCCUAGUUCGGGAAGAUUUUCGAAUUCUAGGUUGAGGAAGUUUCCUACCAAGUUGAAGGAUCUUUUGGCUACGGGGAUUCUUGACGAAAUGCCGGUGAGGUACAUGAAGGGAUCAAAGGCACGGAAAAAUGGAGAAACAGGGCUUCAAGGAGUGAUUCGACACUCUGGGGUUUUGUGCUUUUGUGAGAGUUGUAGGGGGGCUGAGGUAGUCACGCCCACUGUGUUUGAGUUGCAUGCCGGCAGUGCAAAUAAACGACCCCCUGAGUAUAUUUACAUGGAUAGUGGGAAUUGUGGAAAUAACCUCCGUGAUGUCAUGAAUGCCUGCUGCGAUUUGCCAUUGGAGUCAAUGGAGGAAGCCGUCCAAAAACUCCUUGGAGCGUGCAAGGGUGUGUCAAAGCUAGUAUGUGAAUCUUGCAUAUUAAGCCCCCCUCAAACAGCCACAGCUAGUAGCAAAAAAAUUUCACCCCCAGUGCAACCAAGAUCACCAGAGACAGUAAUGGUUCAAAAAUUAGACAAUGUGAUGCAGCCAACUUCAUUCGACAAUGGGGUGCAGUUAAUUUCACUGGAUAAUGGUGUACUGCCAAACUCGUUAAACAAUUGGGUGCAGCCAAACUCAUUAAACAGUGAGAUGAAGCCAACUUUGUUAAAUAGUGGGAUGAAGCCAAAUUCAUUAAAGAAUGGGAUGAAGCACAGUGCAUCUCGUGGUAAGAGUCAGGGAAGACUUACUAGGAAGGAUCUGCGCUUGCACAAGUUGGUAUUUGAGGCAGAUGUUUUGCCAGAUGGAACUGAAGUAGCCUACUAUGCUCAUGGACAGAAACUGUUGGUUGGUUACAAAAAGGGAUAUGGAAUAUUUUGUACCUGCUGCAACUCUGAGGUCAGUGCCUCUCAGUUUGAAGCACAUGCUGGCUGGGCAUCUCGACGAAAGCCUGGUACUUGGUAUUGUAAGUAUUGCCAGAAUGUUUUCCAGAAAGAUAGGCAGGGGCAACACAAUGUGAAUGCUCUGGCAGCUGGAAGGAUUGAAGGAACUGAUAUUUUGGAACAGAUGAACCCAAGAUGUAUACGGGUUGUCAAAACUGUGGAAGUUGACCAUGGUGGAUGUGCCUUGUGCAGUCGUCACAAUUUCAGUAAAAGCUUUGGUCCUCGAACAGUAAUUAUUUGUGAUCAGUGUGAGAAAGAAUAUCAUGUUGGAUGUUUGAAGGAUCAUAACAUGCAGAACCUUGAGGAAUUGCCUGAAGGGAACUGGUUUUGUAGCACAACUUGCACUCAAAUUCAUUCUGCUUUGGUGAGUUUGGCGGCUUGUGGGGAAAAAAAUAUUCCAGAUUCCCUUCUAAGUUUGAUAAAAAAGAAGCACGAAGAGAAAAGUGUAGACAUUGAUGGUGGUCUUGAUGUUAAGUGGAGGGUUAUAAACUGGAAACUAGAUGAUUCUGUUGAAAAUAGGAAAAGGCUUUCAAAAGCUGUUGCUAUUUUCCAUGAAAGGUUUGAUCCUAUAGUUGAUUCAACAUCUGGCCGAGAUUUCAUUCCAACAAUGUUGUUUGGUAGGAACAUUCGGGGUCAAGAUUUUAGUGGAAUGUACUGUGCAGUGCUUACUGUCAAUGGCGAUAUUGUGUGCGCUGGAGUGUUUCGUGUCUUUGGGUCAGAAAUUGCAGAGCUUCCGUUGGUGGCGACAACUUCUGAUCAACAAGGACAGGGCUAUUUUCAGUGUCUAUUUUCUUGUAUUGAGACGUUACUUCGAUCUUUAAAUGUGAAAAACCUUGUCCUACCAGCCGCUGAUGAAGCCGAAUCAAUAUGGACUGGUAAAUUUGGGUUUUCAAAGCUGCCACAAGAUGAGGUAUCCGUAUUGUAA